UCAUCAAAGCCGGCAACAUGACUUCAAGUAACACUGCUCGCAAGGAAUCCACACUUAUUCCUUUGCGAGCUGCUGUUGCAAUUCUUGGAUUUCUGGGGAUAGUUUUCCAGUAUGUAUUGAAAGUGACACUGUCUGUUGCUAUUGGUGGCAUGGUGAAACAGACUGCCCAGGAGGAUGCUACUGAUAACACAUGUGGUCCUGCAGGUGCAAACACCACAUCUGGUGUAUCUCAGCCAGGUGACUUUGAGUGGGAUGAAGAUAUGCAAGGAUACAUAUUAUCAUCGUACUACUAUGGAUAUGCACCAGUUAACAUCAUUGCUGGUUACACUGCCUCACGAUACAGUGCUCGUUGGGUCUACUGCACAGGACUUUUGAUGGCAGGCCUCUUCUCAGUGCUGGGCCCUUUGGCAGCUGAGGGAGGACCAGUUGUUUUCAUGCUGACACGUAUUAUUGUUGGAAUUUUUUCUGGCAUUAUUACACCAUCCAUGCAUGUAAUUUUUGGUAGAUGGUUUCCCGAAAAUGAACGUCAGAGGCUGAGUGGAUUUAUUUUUUCAGGAAACUAUUUGGGUACUGUUCUUUCAAUGGCCUUGUCUGGAACAAUGGUGAAGUCUUUGGGAUGGCCUUCAGUAUUCUACAUUUUUGGUGGCAUUACAAUUUCCCUGACUAUUCCUUGGCUCUACUUUGUGUACAGUGAACCUGAGAGUCAUCCAAGAAUCUCGCAGAAAGAACUUGACUAUAUACUAGAGAACACUGGUCACAGUAAAAAGACGAAUGAUGAAAAAAAGAAGUUGCCUGAUGAUGAGGAGUCAAAAAUUGGAAAUCCAUGGCCUAUGGUUUUGUCAAAUCCUCCAAUGUGGGCGCAUUGUUUUGUAAUGUUUGGGAUUGGAUGGGUGAACUACACAUUAUUAUCUGAAUUACCAACUUACAUGGAGAAAAUACUCCACUAUGAUCUGGAUCAAGCUGGUCUUGUGUCAGCAUUGCCCUACCUGUUCGGGUGGAUCAGCUGCAGUAUAUAUGGCUAUCUGACACGCAAAUGUACGCAGAAAGGUGUGCGCAUUAUUACAACAAUGAGGAUGUGGGAUGCAGUAGCCUGUAUUGGAACUCCACUGUUCCUCCUUGGUGUAACCCUUGCUAAUUGCAAUGUAACAGCAAUAAUAGCCCUAUUUGUCAUGACUAUGGUGGCUCGCUGUGCUAUAUAUGGUGGUUCCUAUAUGAAUCACCUUUAUCUAUUCCCGGAAUCGUAUGGAAGUGCAGCUGGUCUUGCACUAACGAGCACCAACAUUCCUGGAAUUAUUACUCCCAUUGUUACAAGUGCAUUUGUAUCUGGCAGGCAAACAAUACAGCAGUGGAAGUAUGUAUUUUAUACAUCAAUGGCAGUAUGUGCAAUUCCUUAUGUCACCUUCCUCGCAUUUGGAACUGCUGAUGAGCAGGAAUCAAAGUGGCUAGAACGCAAGGAGCAAAAGAGGAAACCGGCUCACAUAACAGAUGUACCUGUAACAAAUUCUGUGUAAAAAGAAAAAGUUCUAACUUCAGUCUUAUACAGUCAGGCUGAAGUAUCAUUGUUAUCAGUACAUGGAAAGAUCUCUGAUAUCAGAGUAAUAUUCAUCCUUGCCAGUUUUUUUAUGACUUGAAUAGUGAACUAUUUCUCAGAGCUAACAUAUCCCUUGUUUACAUGAAGGGUCAUAAAAUGAUUAGGAUGGAUCUAAAAAUCAUAUACACUAUGUGUUUAGAAGAUUUAAGUUUCAAAGACCAUUGCUGGUUGAUGCCUGUUUCUAAACUGUGUUGUUUGUACAUGCUACAAGGAACAGAAAUGACAUUGAGUAAUUGUGUUUCAGCACAACCACAAGUGCAUUGUAUAGGUCUCAAUAAUAUUAACCAAAGAGCAAAAAGAUCUGUAUGCCUGUUAUUAUUAGUUUUGGUUACAUUGCUAAAAAUGUGUUCUUUACUACUAUUCAACAUGAACAGAUGGGAAAAAAUGAAUAUUCACAUUGUGCCAGUUAAUACAAACAUGCAACAAAGUGAUAGUGACAGCAAUUUUGUACUUGCAAUGUUAGUAAUUAGGUACCUGCAAUGAUAUUUUGCAUACUGUGGUAAUAAGCAACUUCCUUGAAUGUAAUUUAAAUUAUCACUGGUUAACAAUAAUAAAGUUCCUCCUUUAGAACUCCGGCAUGACAGUACAGUUCUCUAAGCAUGCGAAAUGAGACUUCAAACAAUCUGUUAACAGACUCACAUUGUUAUACUUACUUACAUCAUAGCAGAAUUGUUGCUCUCAUGUAACAUAAAAUUGUAAAAAUCUACCCACUGACAUCUGAGUUUCUCAGAACACUUCAGUACUGAUAUAUAGAGAGGGUUCUUCUAGUCCUUCAGUUUCCUUUUGGGACACUUCUUCCAGAUUCUUUACUCUCCUACAUCUUAUUAUAUUUUAACUCAAUUCCAUAUUCUUAAUUUUCUCAUUCAUGAAACUUUACCUUCCCCUCAGAAUUUCCAAUAUUUUAAUUAUUGCCAAUAAUAUCUCUGAGUAUUCAUAACAGUUCAGAUAGUGUGUUAGCUAGAAGGGGUAAAAACUCAAGAAAAACCGUUUGUAAACAUAAAGAAAUGUAAAUGUGAUGCAACUACAUAGAAUGGGAUAGAAUGACUGUCCAGUUCUUACCCUCAGCAGCUGAAAUUGUAUGUACCGCUAAUCGCACAUGUAAGAGUAGAAGAACUAUCAGACCUUUUGGAGCUGUUAGUUCCUUCCCCAGAAAAGAAAGAGGGUAAGUCAGAAAAUGUUAUAAAGGAUGAUCAGUCACUAGGGCACCAGAGCCAGUUACAUAUUGUCUCUUUGUAAUUCUGUAGUUUUCUCACUUAAAAAUGAGAUUUCAAGUACAAAAAGGUGUAUGAAUAAUACCAUAAUUAUCAGUGUAUGAAAGCUUGAUCUGAAAGUUGCAAAUAUAAACAACAAAUAUUCUAAAUGAAGCAUUUAGAGUACAAGCUUCAGUCCCAGAGAAGUGGGUGGUAACAGGGCACACAAAAUAGAAAUAAUGCUAUAGACACGAGACUAAAUUUUUAAUUAAUACAAAAUAGCAACAAAAAGUUAUGAAUCUUCAAAAGAUGAAAAAUAAAUAACUGCAGAUAUCUAUAUUGUCUCUGCCUCUCCAAUUGUUUUGGAGUGGGUUAGUCUACUGAAACUUUGUUUUUCUUUGUUUCUCUGUUUGCCUUUGUUGUCACUACGUGCACACAAACUAUUUUGCCUCUGGUUAGACCAGAAUUUUGUCUACCUGUUAAAAUUAAUUGUGUUGUUACUUCUGCUAAUUUCUUAAGUAAAGAACUAUAUCUGAGAUUAAUGUGUCAAAUGUAUGUUAUUUAUUUAAAAUUUUGUA